CAACAAGAUAAUGUCGUUUCUUUGGAUCUCGAAUAUGUGCAGUUUAAUAUUCCCAAGAUUUUACAGCUAUUAAACAAGACAUUUUCCAAGAGAAAGACGGAUGCUUACGAUGCUUGGGGCAAAUUGUGUCUCCCCAUAUGCGUGCAUCUUCCUAUUAAAGGAUGA